GAAGGAUAAAGUGGCAGGCUUCCUUUUUGUGCGGUCAGAAGACACAAAACUGAAAGAAAAGGCAGCAAUAACCAAUCUUCAUUCAGCUACCAAAUCAUAUGGCAACUCCAGUGAAGGUGUACGGACCACCAUUAUCCACAGCAGUGUCUAGAGUCCUAGUUACUCUUCUUGAGAAAGAUGUGCCUUUUCAGAUCAUUCCUGUUGACAUGUCCAAAGGUGAACACAAGAAGCCUGAUUACCUCAAGAUUCAGCCCUUUGGCCAAGUACCGGCUUUUCAAGAUGAAAGCAUUUCCCUCUUUGAAUCAAGAUCCAUAUGCAGGUAUGUGUGUGAGAAAUAUGCAGAUAGAGGAGACAAGGGGUUAUACGGUACAAACCCAUUAGAAAGGGCAUCAAUAGAUCAAUGGGUAGAAGCUGAGGGGCAGAGUUUUGGGCCAUCAAGUGGGGCUUUGGUGUUUCAGCUUGCAUUCGCACCAAGAAUGAAUAUCCCACAAGACCACGGUGUGAUAAAGCAGAACGAGGAGAAGCUGGGGAAAGUGCUUGAUAUUUAUGAGCAGAGGCUUGGAGAGAGUCGGUUCCUGGCUGGAGAUGAUUUUACUUUUGCUGAUCUUUCACACUUGCCUAAUGGAGAUUACUUGGUGAAUGCUACGGACAAGGGACAUCUUUUUACUUCCAGGGAAAAUGUGGGGAGGUGGUGGAAUGAGAUUUCUGACAGGGAAUCUUGGAAGAAGGUUAUUGAGAUGAGGAAAAGUGGUUGAAAUUGGUGAUAUUUUAUCGGUUUCAGGUUACAUCGGAAGCGGCGGUGAGGGUUUAAGGCGUUUGUAACCUGUGAUUACGAGGUUGCUGUGUUUUGUGUAUCUUUCGUUGUAUUGUCAUUUCCCAUGUGUCGUCUAAUUUCAUGUGGGCUGUGUGUCUUGGACGUGGAAACUAGGAGUUGCCAUGCCUUGCCUAGUACUUGUUGAUUCAAUAAUCUUAUUCCAUGUGUUUGGACUCA